UCACGCCGUUUGCACGACUGCUUCAAUGUUGUUUUUUCUUUCGUGCUUGGGUCGCCGUUUGCGCGAUGGGGUUUUGUGUUUCCACGAGUAAUUUUUCAUCGCGCACCUGCGGUCGGAAUUUUCUAUUGUGUCUCGGUUUUUCCAUGUUCUUGGUGCCUGUUUUCACUUGGUGAUCUCUGUGAUUGCAUCCACACACGAGUGGAUGAUGUAAGUACUUCUGCAUGAUGAUCUAGCACACGACUGCUUGCGACAAGCAGCAGGUGACCGAGAGAGGGAGGGUGGGAGAGUGUGUGUGGAGAACGGGACGCUAAGGUAGUAGUGCGAACUGGAAUGAAUGGAUGGUCAAUGAUCGGGAAGAGCGCGAUCCCGUUCCUCCUGGGCGUUGCAGCAGGCGGGGCAAUUGUUUGUCUUUGCUGCUCGUCGCGCCCAAGGCGAGGAGGAGGAAGAAGAAAGGGAGGAGAGUCGUCGGGCUUCUCCUCGUACUCCGAGCUCUGCUGCCGCGUUUGCAAGCUAGCUCAUCCCGGCGUGAUGUGCACGCCGUCUCUGUAUAUGGCGGAGACGUUUCUGUUCACGUCGGAGUCGGUGAACGAGGGGCAUCCCGACAAGCUGUGUGAUCAGAUCUCUGACGCGGUUCUGGAUGCGUGUCUGGCCGGCGAUCCCGACAGCAAGGUGGCGUGCGAGACGUGCGCAAAGACGGGAAUGGUGAUGAUCUUCGGCGAGGUGACUACGAAGGCGCGGGUGGAUUAUGAGAAGGUGGUGCGUGACACGUGUCGCGACGCAGGCUUCACGUCCGAGGAGGUGGGCCUGAAUUGCGACACGUGUCAAGUGAUCGUCAACGUAGAGGAGCAGAGCCCAGAGAUUGCAUGGAGCGUGCACGGGAUGGGCACGAAGGAGACCGAGGAGAUCGGGGCCGGGGACCAGGGAAUCAUGUUCGGCUAUGCGACGGAUGAGACCCCCGAGCUGAUGCCUUUGACCCACGUGUUGGCAACGAGGCUCGGCGCGCAGCUGACCAAGGUCAGGAAGAACGGGACCUUGCCGUGGCUGCGGCCCGAUGGGAAGACGCAGGUGACCGUGGAGUACAGGAACGAGAGAGGGGCUAUGGUGCCCAUACGCGUGCACACGGUGCUGAUAUCGACGCAGCACGACGAGACGGUCUCACACGACGAGAUCGCGAACGCUCUGCGACGCCACGUCAUCCUGCCGGUCAUCCCGACUGCCUACCUGGACGAUCAGACGAUCUUCCAUCUUAACCCGUCGGGACGGUUCGUGAUCGGGGGUCCGCACGGGGACGCGGGGCUGACCGGGCGGAAGAUCAUAGUGGACACGUACGGGGGGUGGGGCGCGCACGGCGGCGGCGCUUUCAGCGGAAAGGAUCCGACCAAGGUCGAUCGCAGCGGCGCGUACAUCGUGCGCCAGGCGGCCAAGAGCGUCGUCGCGGCGGGCUUGGCGCGCAGGUGUAUCAUCCAGGUCUCCUACGCCAUCGGGGUCGCCGAGCCGCUUUCCAUUUUCGUCGAUACCUAUGGUACGGGCGCGAUCCCAGAUCGCGACAUUCUCGCCAUCGUCAAGGAGAACUUUGACUUCCGCCCCGGGAUGGUCGCACAGCAGCUGGAUUUGAAUCGCGGCGGCUACAGGUACAGGAAGACGGCGGCGUACGGACACUUCGGCCGAAGCGAUCCCGACUUCACGUGGGAGGUCGUCAAGCCGCUGACCUGUCGCGGCAAACCUCUCGAUUCCCUCGAUUCCCUUUCUGGGCAGCUGCUGGUGCGGCCCUUCUCAUCAUCGGACGAGACGUCUCCAUCAACGAUUCUUUGAUCGUGGGGGGGGGGGGGCGAGAAUAUGAUAUCCCGGCCUUCAGCGCAGCUGCUGUGACUCGGUUGAACCCCGAUCGGACCCCGAGCGAGCAUUCAUUAUCGGGCAUGAUUGUGGGGGAGAGCGGGGAAGAGGGAAAGGGAGGUCAACAAAAAUUCUUGACAGAGAGAAGGGGCGGCCGGGGUGGCGGGGGGUGGCGGGAGAGCGAUCCCGACAUCGCCGCGAAUGCAGUAUGAAGUUCGUUUCGUCUGGCUGCCACGUGGCUCGCUGAGGGGGGGAGGGGGGGCGCGGGGGGAGAGCGAUCCCGAUCUUUGUUUGUUUCGUCGAAACGGCAGAAGGAAUCUGCCGCAACAGCAAGUUUUGUUGAUCGUGGGUGGGGUUCUCCGAAGCCGCGGGGCGCGCAGGGAUCCCGACUGAACAGGACGUUGGGAAGCCAUGGGGUUCUCCGAAGCCGCGGGGCGCAGGGAUCCCGACUUGACAGGACGUUGGGAAACUCGUUGUCUAUUUGGUAGCCGCGGGACUCCACGCGGGGCAAGCCCGCAGCGUCCCCAGUUGUCGCAGCCCGCGCAAGUAAUUGCGUUUUUUUUUUUGCGUCUGUGAUCCGAUCUCAAGAUGAAUAAUCGUUCGCACUUACAGAUCUCCCAUGUACUCAAUGGGAGUUUUGCAGCCUGCUCAAGGAAAGUUUUCCUUGAUUCUGAUGAUGAAUACACUUACAGUAGUUGAUGAUUUUGUAUGAUGGGCUCGUUUUCAGUCGUAGAACUUGGUCGGUUUAUUGGUGGGCGUUCUUCUUCUUUUCGAGCCUGGCGCCUGCCUGUCGGUUUUACAUGAUUGGAACUACCUACUGUAAUUAGCUAUAGCUAGCCAGCUACCGUUUUCCCCCAAUAAAAGAAAUUCUGCCUGUAUUUGGCACAACUUUCAGUCCAGAUGGAGCGAAAAUGACAGCACGUUUUAUUCGUGUGAGGACGGCGGGUAGCUAUUAGGGACAUCCCAUUGUCGUACGGUGAUUCUGCCUGUGCUGUACUUGGCUGAACUUUCAGUCCGGAUGCAGCGGAAAUGACAGCUCGUUCUAUUCGCUGCAUCUGAAUGAUCAUAUAAUGCGGCUUUCUACGAUGCUCCUACUUCAAGUCCUCAUCAUUGAUCGUUGAUCGCUGAUCAUCAUUUAUCGUUGAUCGGUAAUCAUUAAUCAUUAAUCGUUGAUCAUUCAUCUUUGAUCGUUGAUAUGAUCAUUGGUCGUUCCUCUCUGAUCGUUGAUCUUUGAUCAUUCAUCGAUCGUUGAUUGUUGAUUGUUGAUUGUUGAUUGCGGGGAAUCGUUGAUCAUUAAUCCUUGAUCGUUGAUAUGAUCAUUGGUCGUCCCUCUCUGAUCGUUGAUCUUUGAUCAUUCAUCGAUCGUUGAUUGUUAAUUGGUGAUUAGUGAUUGUUAAUUGGUGAUUGGUGGUUGUUGAUUGGUGAUUGUUGAUUGCGGGGGAAUCGUUGAUCUUUAAUCUUAGAUCGUUGGUAUGAUCAUUGGUCGUUCCUCUCUGUUCGUUGAUCUUUGAUCAUUCAUCGAUCGUUGAUUGUUGAUUGGUGAUUGUUGAUUGUUGAUUGUUGAUUGGUGAUUGCGGGGAACGGCGAUCCGAACUGUACAUGCACUGCGGAGCUGGCGUCCCCAUGAGGAGCUUACGUGGCAGAGCGAUCCCGACGUAACGUGGCAGCCGCAGCCUGCUGUUGUUGCAGUUCUCUCAUCUCCUUAUCGUGUUUUGAUAAUUAGACGAUGAAAAACUGAUCGAAGACUCUUUGGCAAGGGGAGAAAACGUCGGUAUUCUUGAUAAUCGCACUUACCGUCUUCGCCCGAAUGAAACGCCUAGUAGUCG